AUGGUCGAGAGCGCAGCCUUGGAGGUUCUCCAGAGCGUUCGUGUUCGGGAAAAGUGGAUGACCGAGCUACGUCGACGCCAUGCCGGGCACCCGGCGCCAAUUGGAGGCGGCGACCUGUGUCUGCUCUAUCGCGCCUCCACGAUCGAUGUCAUAGAGCGCAUCAUGACGUGGCGCUCCCGCAGUGGAUCACCUUUUCUCGUACAUGCGGAUACCGGCGGGCGCAACUACCUCUUGCUUCUCGUCUCCGAUUUCGACGACGUCGCAACACAGUUGCACAAAUCGCAGCGCGAUCCAUUCCUUCUCGGGGCGCCGCUCGAGACCGUCGACACGACCGGUGACUGCCGUCUGGAUCCUGCCAUCACCGUGCUGCGCACAGAGGAAGGUCUCUACGGCCGGUGGCAUCCUCCAGCGUUCUACACGAUACCGGCACCGGUAUCCAUCAAGAAACGCCGACCUAGCAACAACAGCUCCAUUUACGACCAAGAAGCCGACGUCCAGGAUGACCUCCAGUCGGUGCUUCCAUCGGCACUCAUGUACUACGAGCAACGCCUUGGAGGUUUCGAGGCAGAGGUGGCGUGGAUCGAGCGAUGUCAGACGAACGAAACAACUACAGCAAAUGCUCACUGGCAACGGGCGGCGCAGUUGCGACAGUCGGCGCUCCUUCAUUGUGGCCACGAAAUGACGCGCUUGCGGGCGACGUUGGCAGACGCUAUGAUCGCGCGGUCUGACCUUGAGAAGUCCAUGCAUAAAUGCGACACGAUCUUGUCGUCCAUCGCGACGGAAAAGAAACGUAUCCAGCACGACCGCCAGGCGAGGAAGAAGGUGUUAGUGGACCCUAUACAACUCCGGAAGGCCACACGAAAACGGCACGCUGUUAUCAAGGGAUCACGCAAGUCGUCGAUGGAAGCAAGACCGACACCUGAUCCCGACACAGACCUGCCACCCACACUCAAGCCUGCCGCGACGCUUGGGUGCGUGACACCACCGACAUCUACUAUUACUGCCACUGCCCUGGCCACUGCCCUGGUCACUGCCCGUGUGCCCAACGCACUCGACGCACUUGUCCCCGAGACUCUUACUACCAGUGCUGUGUCGGCAGUGCGACCGCGAGUCGUCCGUCACUUGCCGCCCGGCGCGUUGCCUCUUUACACAUUGCACGACGUUGCCAUCCAAGACCGCGUUUGCGUGCUGCGCGUCUUUUUGAAGCCUCCGCAGCAGUACCUGCCCCGUGGGUUUGUCUUCCACGCCGUCGCUUCCGAUGCUCCGGACCUCUUCUUGUCGUGCCGCUUGACGCUGACGCAGUAUGACGUGCUCGGCUACGGUGCAACAGACCGUGGGCUUCUUGCAUUUUCCAUGUGGUUUUGCAUCGUUUAUGACCGGCGACAGCGGCGCUUUCGGCUCGUCUGGUCGGGCCCUUCGUGUCCACGACCGCUACGCUGCCGGGACACGGAUGCGACGGCAGUUUGCAUCCACAAACAAGGCGUUCGGUGGGAACGGCGUUAUGUCCUUGUACAGCUAUUUCACCGAACGGACUCGCCAACGACGCUGCACUGCGUCUUCGUGCACAUGGGCAGAUCGCACGAGGUUGUUGACGAGACAGCGUCCGAGCUAGGACCGUCGCUGCUCCACACGAUAGAGUACGACUCUGUGGGUGAUCUCAAGUGGCAGCACCGUCCACCGAUGCCUCGUCACGACCACCGACGACGAGUGUACACUGGAUCAGUGGUGGGCGAGACGCUUCACGUCUACACCACCUCCAACGCGACGUACUGUGUCGUGCGUGACGCCACUGGAGAGAGUUACACCUUAUUGGCCGAAGACUUCAAUCCGCUCCAGACCAUGGCACCUCCCCUGUCCGACUUUGGCAUCUUUUUCGACUCGGUGGCGACGUUUGACCACGGCAAGAUCGUCGUAAACCGGCGUCGGUGGUGGGCGUAUCUCUUCAAGUAUGUCCAACGCCUUGCCGUUGGUCGCUUCGGGGCCACUAUAAGUGGCAUCCUCUGCCUCGUUCAGUUGUCUCUUCUCCAGAGCAAGUCUGAGUUUCAGAGCUGGUUCCACUUUCGCGUUCUGCGACUUGACAACGGCGCGACUUCCGAACUGCUCGUACCGGUGGCGCAAUGGCUGACGUGUGCCUUGGCAGUGCAACUCUUUACACCGGACUGCGCAUCUUCGGUCUGUCCCAAUUGCAUUGCAGCGUCUCCCGUCCCUUUGGACCAGUCAGUGCUUGAUAUGGGCGUGCCACAGUCGCCGAACGAUGCACCAGCCAUUGCCAUCGAUGAUGGUCCGGUGUGUAGCGAGCCAAUCGACGAGGAAGACGUCCAAGAGCCCAGCUGCGAAGAGCCCACGGACCUCGUCUACUGUGAAGCGUGCCUCGAUCUCAUUCAAACCGUCGUCGUCGAUUCAUCGUCGGCGCGCGUGUGUUGCCGUCGACACGACCCUCCGGCUCGAACGCUCGUCUGCAUUAGCGAUAGUCUCGAUGACACGACCCGCACCGCCAUCGUGGCGCGGCUCGAGACUCUCAACUGUACAAGUCAUGGUGCCGUCACCGAGUUCGUUUCCACCGAUGACGACACCCAUUCGACUGUGGUGCUCUGCGCGCCUGCCGAUGUUGGCAUGACAUUUGCAUCGUUGCUGGCGCGUGUUGGUAACUGGACCGGCAUGGUCGUGGCCGUUGUUCCCCGCUAUAUUGCCCGAGACUCGAAGGAAGGCGACGACCGCAAGGAUGCUGAUUUAUACGCCCAGAUCAAAGACAUUGACGCUGCCAUCGACGAUGUGCGGUCUGCAUCGCCCGUGCCGCCGGAAACCGUUGGCUUCGACAUGUACUUGACUUCUGAGGCUCUCGUCAUGGAGGCAGCGCUGGCAUGCUGCCGCACGUCCACCCAGCGAACGUACAAGGUACCGCCAUCGGUCGUCGGUGCGUCGAGUUGGCCGUUCGCGGCGCGGUUUCUCAGUGAGCCGAGCAGUUUGUUCACCGAAAUGUCUCUGGACAUCGACUGGUUGACGCUGCCUUCGACGCUCGCCUCCGUCUUGCUCGCGUUUUAUCGGCACGAGGUGUGGCGGACCAUCGAUUCAUCGCUGCUGAAGCCUCCGUUCAAAGUUUUGUUCAAGGCCUUGAACAUGGGCAUGUGCUGGCUGCAAACAGUACAGGCCCGCGGUGGACUUUUGACAGAGCUGACGUCACAGCACCCCCGCUUGCGAAUUGUCCGAUUGUAGAUACUUCAGCCCUUCAGCGCCUG